CCAACCGGAAGUUUGUGUUGACUUGACAGGAAGUUGACGGUGGUAUUUGUUGCUACUGGGGACUGUUGUGUUGUGAAAAUGGCGACGCCUCGUCGCUCCCCUCAGCUUCUCUCUUCCCCACCCCGAGGCUCUUCACUUCCCGUCACCCCGUCAGGCUCGCCUCCGGCCCCGUCCGACGAUGCCGCGCUUCUCCCUCGCGAAGCUGCCGCGGACGGUGAGGUUUCCCCGGCCUCUCCUCCAACCACCAGCAGCUCCCCAGCUUUGGCCCUUAGCAGCAGGGCUAGCAGCAGCGCUAGCUCCCCGACCACUACGGAGGGCAGCGGGACGAGCGCAGGAUCAACGCCCGACACGGGUGAUGAUAACGCGGGCAGCGGCGGCUGUGGCCUCGGCGGUCCGAACGGAGCUUUCAGGGAGUUGUUCGAAGCCUGUCGUAAUGGAGAUGUUUUGAGGGUGAAAAAGAUGGUGGACACGGCGAAUGUGAACGCUAAAGAUAUGGCUGGAAGAAAAUCUUCACCUUUACACUUUGCUGCAGGUUUUGGGCGUAAAGAUGUGGUUGACCACCUACUUCAGACCGGCGCCAAUGUCCACGCCAGGGAUGAUGGCGGCCUGAUACCACUACACAAUGCAUGCUCCUUUGGCCACUCGGAGGUGGUGUCAUUGCUGCUGUGUCAGGGCGCCGAGCCGAAUGCCAGAGACAACUGGAACUAUACACCUUUACAUGAGGCGGCAAUCAAGGGCAAGAUAGAUGUCUGUAUAGUCUUACUGCAGCAUGGAGCCGACCCCAACAUCCGCAACACCGACGGAAAGUCUGCCUUGGACCUGGCUGAACCCUCCGCCAAGGCCGUGCUCACAGGUGAAUACAAGAAGGAUGAACUGCUGGAGGCAGCGAGGAGUGGGAACGAGGAGAAGCUAAUGGCUCUGCUUACACCGCUUAACGUCAACUGCCAUGCAAGUGACGGCCGCAAGUCCACUCCGCUCCACCUGGCAGCAGGAUACAACAGGGUGAGGAUAGUUCAGCUGUUACUACAGCACGGAGCAGACGUUCACGCCAAGGACAAGGGUGGUCUGGUGCCACUACAUAAUGCCUGCUCCUAUGGACACUAUGAAGUUACAGAGCUGCUGCUAAAGCACGGGGCCAGUGUAAACGCCAUGGACUUGUGGCAGUUCACCCCGCUGCACGAGGCGGCGUCCAAAAACCGCAUUGAGGUUUGCUCCCUGCUGCUGAGCCACGGUGCUGACCCCACCCUGCUCAACUGCCACAGCAAGAGCUCCGUGGACAUGGCGCCAACUCCUGAGCUCAAGGAGAGACUCUCAUAUGAGUUUAAGGGCCAUUCGCUGCUUCAAGCCGCUCGGGAAGCUGACAUGGCCAAAGCGAAGAGGAGCCUGGCGCUAGAGAUCAUCAACUUCAAACACCCUCACACACAUGAGACGGCGCUACAUUGUGCCGUAGCAUCGCCACACCCCAAGAGGAAACAGGUGACAGAAUUGUUACUGAGAAAGGGAGCCAAUGUCAAUGAGAAGAAUAAAGAUUUCAUGACACCUCUCCAUGUGGCUGCAGAGCGAGCUCAUAAUGACAUUAUGGAGGUGCUACAGAAACAUGGCGCCAAGGUGAACGCUCUGGACACACUGGGUCAGACGGCAUUGCACCGUGCUGCGCUGGCAGGCCAUCUGCAGACCUGCCGGCUGUUGCUAGGAUACGGGGCAGACGCCUCACUGGUGUCGCUGCAGGGCUUCACCGCUGCUCAGAUGGGAAAUGAGGCUGUUCAGCAGAUACUCAAUGAAAAUGUCCCGGUCAGAAACUCAGAUGUGGACUACAGACUUCUGGAAGCCGCUAAAGCGGGGGACCUGGACACUGUCAAGUCACUGUGCACGGCUCAGAACGUGAACUGCAGAGAUCUGGAGGGACGACACUCCACCCCUCUUCACUUUGCUGCUGGCUACAACAGAGUGCAGGUGGUGGAGUACCUGCUGCACCACGGGGCCGACGUGCAUGCCAAGGACAAAGGCGGUCUAGUUCCCCUCCAUAACGCCUGCUCGUACGGUCACUAUGAGGUGGCCGAACUGCUGGUCAGGCACGGCGCCUCAGUCAACGUGGCCGACCUGUGGAAGUUCUCACCGCUGCAUGAAGCUGCUGCCAAGGGCAAAUAUGAAAUCUGCAAACUGCUGCUUAAGCACGGCGCAGACCCCAGCAAAAAGAAUAGAGAUGGAAACACUCCCCUGGACCUGGUGAAGGACGGUGACACGGACAUCCAGGACCUCCUGCGAGGAGAUGCGGCCUUGCUGGAUGCGGCCAAGAAAGGCUGCCUGGCCAGAGUGCAGAAGUUAUGCAGCCCAGACAACAUCAACUGUCGGGACACGCAGGGACGAAACUCCACCCCUCUGCACCUCGCAGCUGGCUACAACAACCUGGAGGUGGCAGAAUAUCUAUUGGAGCAUGGAGCCGACGUGAAUGCGCAGGACAAAGGAGGUCUGAUACCAUUGCACAAUGCUGCUUCAUACGGGCAUGUGGACAUAGCUGCCCUUCUCAUCAAGUACAACACAUGCGUAAAUGCCACCGACAAAUGGGCAUUUACGCCGCUCCACGAGGCGGCGCAGAAAGGCCGGACGCAGCUCUGCGCUCUGCUUUUGGCUCAUGGAGCUGAUCCCACCAUGAAGAACCAGGAGGGACAGACACCGCUGGACUUGGCAACAGCCGAUGACAUCAGAGCAUUGCUGAUAGAUGCCAUGCCACCAGACGCCCUGCCCAGCUGUCUGAAACCACAGGCCACUGUGGUGAGUGCCAGUGUGGUUACGGCAGGCGCCACAGGGGGCGUGGUCAUCUCUCCAUCACCGUCGCCGUCGUCUUGCCUGUCAGCCGCCAGCAGCAUCGACAACUUGAGCACGCCCCUCGGGGACAUCACGGUGGGCGGCGCCACUGGGACGGCAGACGGAGCAUCUGGCUCGGACAAGAAAGAAGGAGAGACUCUACUGGACAUGACCAUCAACCAGUUCUUAAAGAGUCUGGGACUUGAACACCUCCGAGAGAUCUUCCAGAGAGAACAGAUAUCAUUGGAUGUGCUGGCAGACAUGGGCCACGAGGAGCUCAAGGAGAUCGGGAUCAACGCCUACGGACACAGACACAAACUCAUCAAGGGUAUCGAGCGGUUGCUGGGCGGUCAGCAAGGUGCCAACCCAUACCUGACGUUCCACUGCUCCAGCCAAGGCACUGUGCUGAUCGACCUGGCCCCUGACGACAAGGAGUUCCAGUCGGUGGAGGAAGAACUGCAGAGCACCAUCAGAGAGCACCGUGAUGGCGGCAACGCCGGAGGCGUCUUCAGCCAGUACAACAUCAUCAAGAUUCAGAAGGUGGUGAACAAGAAGUUACGGGAGAGGUACUCACACAGACAGAAGGAGAUUGUUGAUGAAAAUCACAACCACCACAACGAGCGCAUGCUCUUUCAUGGUUCUCCCUUCAUCAACGCCAUCAUCCACAAAGGCUUCGACGAGCGCCACGCCUACAUCGGCGGCAUGUUCGGCGCCGGCAUCUACUUCGCAGAGAACUCAUCCAAAAGCAACCAGUAUGUUUACGGGAUAGGCGGAGGCACGGGUUGUCCCACCCACAAAGACCGCUCCUGCUACGUGUGUCACAGGCAGAUGUUGUUCUGCAGAGUGACGCUGGGUAAGUCCUUUCUUCAGUUUAGUGCCAUGAAGAUGGCCCACGCGCCCCCCGGACAUCACUCAGUGAUUGGCCGGCCUAGUGUCAAUGGACUGGCUUAUGCGGAGUAUGUCAUCUACAGAGGAGAACAGGCUUACCCAGAAUACUUGAUCACGUAUCAGAUUGUCAAACCGGAGAGCGUGGCAACGCCCGCCGCCCCAGCUGAGCAGAAGUCCUAACGCACGCUCAGGUCACAGCUUGGAUCUGAAGGUCGAGACGCCUCUCGUAAGCACGCCCACCGAGCGAGUGGCCUUUUUGGCAGUCGUAGCCUGAGCGAGUGCGGCGGACCGGGACACCGGCGACACGAGGCGACAUUGCCCAAAGUGCUGAGUCCAAAGUGGCCAUUUGACUUUUACUCGGUUAGUGAGCAGAGGGUAAAAGCUUUUUAUGUUACAUAAAUCAUGACUCUUCAGAUGAAUGACAGACCAGACUACAAAGGGCCAAGACCUAAAACCACAAAACAAACACAAGGACGACAAUACACUGCUGCUGCUGACCUGCCAUGUCCAGAUCUGUAGAAACAAGAAACAAGAAACAAUGAGACAAAAUGAGCAUUGGUUUGUUCACAGCAAAACACUUGGAACUGGCAGCACUGGUGCCAGACUUGCACCAACUCUUCGCUGGCUCCUUACGUCAGCAGUUGGUCCCUGGCGCCGACAUUUAAGCACCAUUUUUAUAGCAGGAAGCUAACAAUCUCUAUCUAGUCACAUGUUGCUUUCUAAACCGAGAUAUGGUGAUGUAUAGGCAUUAUACUAGUGAAAGCAGUGGCAUCAGCUUCAUGUGAGAGAAAGCAGGCCCUCAUAGACUGCAGUCAUCCCCUGCAAAUUGCGGACUGAGCCCUACCGCUAAUUGGGAAAAACUGCGAUUAAAAAUGUUUAUCAAGGACUAUAUCAAUAGUUUAAACUGUAAGUAUACCACAAGCUAUGAUCCCCAAACACUUCAAUAUCAUUUCAAACUUCUCUAACAGCAUUACGCUUGAAAAUAAAUGGCUUACAGAUUAUUUAAUUUCAGAAAUGGACUGGAAGUGCGUGUUUACAUGUACACGCGGCCACUAACAAAGCAGCCUAAAUUUACGAGUUUUGACUGUUCGUCGAGAUGCUUAAUUUAAACAUGCAGUGGUGCCUUCAGAUAUCAGUUCAAUUCGGAUCUCAAAUUAGCUUGCCUGAUUGAAAUGAAUGGAAAUGCCAUGAAUUUGUUCUAUCCUCAAACAAAAUUGUAAUGGUUUUUAAUAAAUACAUAAUUAAAAAAAAAUAAUCAAAUAGCACUCUAUAACGUACCGGUACUUUAUGAAAACAUACAGUAAUAGCAGAACUAAACAGGUUUUUUGCAACACUUUUUAAUUCAAUUCAGCUAACCUUGUGCUGCUCCUUCUGAGGGCAGUAUAAUACAUACAGAUAUACAUGAAGCGGGUCAAAACUCCUCAGUAAGACGCAGUAAUGUUAGUUCUUUACAGAGGAUAAAGCAUUUACAGUAUGCCUGUGAGUAUUGUUAUAUUGCCUCUCUACAUGUUUCUCGACCACUUCGGUUCAAAUAUCUGUUCCCUACAAGGUUUAAACACAGCAACACCCAUGCUAUCCGUUAGCCCGACUAUGGCGUAGUUUGUAGUGAAGUGAGUUCAUUGACACAGUACAGCUCUCGUAUCUCCAAUUUUUGUUUUCAAGUCAAAGCACACAAAAAAAAAAAAUCGGCCGAAUGACGGCUUGUAUUGCGAAAAACUCUUAAGUCGGGUCACUCCUAUCGCAAGGCACCAUUACUUUCCUAUUUAGCCAGGGCGUUGGUGCCAUCUUAUGGCAUCUUAGGGCCUUUAAGAAAUGAUACAAAAAACACAAACGGGGUGACUUUUACACCAAAUAGCUCGGGAUAGCUUCCACAUACAAAAUGCAAAUAGGUGAGUUUGUGAAUCGUGAGCCGUGAAUAUGCGGGGGAUUACUGUACUGUGAUGUCAAAGUUCCACGUCGGCUCUAAAGUUUUGUUACAUGACGUUGCGACUCUGUUACAAAAGCUCUACAUUACAUUCUGGUCAAUUGUGAGAGUUCUCUUGGCCCAUCUAGGUUGUUGUUUACGAGUGCUUCCUCAUGGCACAUUUCCCACUUGGCUUCCUUUCACUCACCUUGUCGUGAGUUGAAGAGAGACACUACGCUGAAGUACUGUAUUUCACCAGUUUAGUAAGGUUAUUUAAAAAAAAUUCUUAUUAUUUUUUUUUUACAAUUGUCUAUGGAAAGCCCCGAGUGCAUAGGUGUCAAACUCAAGGCCCGGGGGCCAGAUGCGGACCGCCACAUCAUUUUAUGUGGCCCGCGAAAGCAAAUCAUGCUCGUUAACUUCCGUGAUUUUUGCUAAAAUCUGUACCCAAAUUCCAAAUUGUCAUAAUAAUAAACAAUAAUGUUGAGAUAUUGCAUUUUUCUGUUAUCAAAUUCUUCUUCUACAGUAACUUAAACAAUACUUGAACAAACUGUUAUCCUUGUCUUCUGAUUUCAAAACUAGUUAUCCCUCAAUUUGUUGUGUAAUAGUAAUAAUAUGAUUUGGUGAUUAAACAUGUCACUGUUCUAAUGGCCCUCUGAGGGAAAUCAUAACUACAAUGCGGCCCGAGACAAAAAUGAGUUUGACACCCCUGUGCCUAGGGCAUUCAAUAUUUUUGAUAUCCAGCUUAAGUUUGUACUAGUAGGCCAAAAGUGGCACUAGUAGUCGAAAAAACAUUACCAGGAAGACACAGUCGAUGGACUGUGUUUACUAGUGCACCCUAGUGUGCUGAAUUGUCUUACAAGUGAAGACAAAGAGUGUGCUAGUACAUUAAAAUCAAGGACCCAGUGCUGGAAAUCAAGGAUUUUGAAUCAGUGGCGUUCCUUUUUCAUGACACUGUUCCAACACAUUGGACUACACAUCAGGUUCAAGUGUGUUUACUAAAUCCAGUGACAAGCAAGCAGAUCAAAUACUAAACAUUUGCGUCUGUAAAUGAAAAGAACUCACCAUGAUAGAAAAUGCUAACACCGUUAGCACAUUUGAAAACAUUGUUACAUGUGAAUUUAUACAAAUCCUGUGAAAUAGGCAGCUAAAAAAAAGAUCUAAUACAAAUAUUUGUGCCUCAUGUUGGUUUUUUUUUACCUUUUUCGACAUUUUUCAAGCUGUGCGCCUGAAUUUUCUGUACUUUCUAAACACCUGACUGCAACAUGCAUAUAUUCCUAAAUCAUCUAAAUGUGGCAGACUAUGUUGCCAUAUAAGAACAAGUGAGUGUCUAAAAUGGCCGCUAUCAGACAGUGGAACCCUGUCAGAUAAAUAAUUGUACAAAUCCAAAACAAUCGAAUCAAUAUCCUGAAGUAUACUGACAGUAAUACACAUUUUGAAAUGCUCACAGAAUUAAAAAGAAAAAUGUUCAGAACGUCCAACUUAAAGGUGCGUCUCAAUAAAUUACAAUGUCAAUCCAAUAUUUCAGUAGUUCAAACUCGUAUUUUAUAUCGAUUGACUACACACAGAGUGCAAUAUGAUUUAAUUUUUCAUUCUCUUGAUGAUUAUGGCUUAAAGGUAAUGUCCCCAAAUUAACCAUCACAAUAAAUCAGAAAUGACAAGAAACCUUUUUAGGUAGGAAUAGGCCUGAACCUCUAUCAUAAAUGAAUUUCAAUUUUGGAGUUGAACUACUGAAACAUUCUAACUUUUGUAUGAUAUUCAAAUGUAUUGAGACACGCCUGUAUAUCGAGUUCCCUAUAAAGGAAUGAAAAGUAAUAUUCCUGUUCAGUUGUAAUAGAACUUCUUUAAUCAUAUCUCCUCUGCUGAAUGUAGCCACCUGGAUGAGACAUUUCAAAAGUUACUCAGAAUUGGUGUUCAAAUGUAUUGUUGAUGUUUUGAUUGGUCUGUCGUUCAAGUGCCAGAAGGAGCUAAAUGUCACGUUAUACAUGCACAAAAUUGUGUCUUUCUUAGGGAUGCACCGAUACCACUCCUUUUUCUUUAAGACCGAGUACAACUACUUAGAUUUGAGUACUUGCUGAUACUUGAUAAUGCCAUUCAAUCUUGCAGUUUAGAUUUGUUUUUUUCACAAAAUUUUGUUCCAAAACACAAACUUCUCUUGAACAUGGAUGUCAUAGGUGUCACUCAAAUCCAAAUUUUUUUAGCAUAGCAACUUAACAGAUCAUAUUUUCCAGUCUGCUAAAAGUGUUUACCUGAAAGUGUACCGCAUACACACAUGGCUGUUACCUGGAAGAUAUAUUUCAGGCUGGCAAGUGGUAUCGGUGUUGUAGUAUCGGUGCAUUUUUACGAGUACAAGUACAGACGUACAGUAUCGACACCGAUACUGGUAUCGGGGCAUCCCCAGUCUUUCUGCAGCAGGUCAAGGAAAUGACAGCUACAGUGGAGAAUGUACGACUUGUGACUUUAAAUCGACUCGCUAGAUUUUUAGUCUUGUCCUUUUCUCCUCAUGGAACACUUUUCAAAAACAUUUUGAUAUACAAUAUAUAUUCAGUAAAUAUAUUUGUGUUAUGUUUGAGCCGGUAUGCUUUUGGAGGGCCGGUCAGCUUUCUUGUAAAUAACUUGGAACUCUGUUCAAUUUUGAAUUUCUUCAUUGAAAGAAAAAAAAAGACGUGAAAAAUGAAGUGAUUUCCUCAUUGGUUGUGUUUGUUUGACUUCUUGUUGUAGAACUGUUUGUACAUAACUGCUAUCCACACACGUUGUACAGAAAACAAAACAUGGAAUUAAAGAACUCCAUUAAGCCUC